UUGACAUGGAGCAUUAUAAAAGACAUUGCCACAAUAGAUAGACAGUCUACAAGGCGACAUCAAGACCAAAGGCAGGUUGUGCAAUGAUGUCUGGGUUGGCUGCUCUGUGUCUCCUGCUCCUGCAGACUGGAAUUUUGGGGUUUAAUAUCGUAUUUGAUGGAAACUCUCUGAGUCAUCAGGAAAUCACUCAGAUAGCGAUCUUAAAAACCACCGUGCAGGUGUGCCAAGCUCUGGCCUUGGCUGAGGGCAAAAACUUCACUUUUCCUCCGCAGCCUUUUACCGCUGAGUCUGUCGCUGAUGCCUGUCAAGCAAAUUCAUCCAACAGCUUCAUCCAAACAAUCAAUUUAAUCCAAGACAACAAUCGAAAUGUAGACAUUGAGCAUUUGUCUGACCCACCCUAUCACUUUGACCGUGAGAAAUUUUCUGAGGGAAGAAAAAUCAUUACAGAUGGAUUAUCAGCUGUGAAGGCCAGCAACAAGUUACAGAACUUUGAGGCAGCAAGAGAACAACUGGGUGCAAUCUUACACACUUUACAGGAUUUCUACAGUCAUAGUAACUGGGUGGAAAUGGAAAACACACUCCCAAACUCCAAUCUGAUCAGAUCAGACACCAGCAUCGGUAACAUUGCAGCUGAAAGCAGAGCAACCUGUCGCAACUGUAAUGGAGACGACUGCACAAACAACAUUUUGGAGGACAUCCUGCAGGAAAAGAUACUUAUCUCUGGAUAUACUGGUGUUUCCAAACCAAUCGGAAAAUGCAGCCAUGGAGGUAAAUUUGAUACAUCAAGUACAAUUGAGCCUAAAGGUGGGAUCAACAAAGACACGUUAAGCUCGAACCAUGGACAUCUCCACAUUACAGCAGCAGAUUUGGCGAUAGCUGCAACCAGUGAGCUACUAGAGGACGUUCGAAAGGCUGCUGGUGACCGAGUAUUCCUACAGAUGAUAGGAAUCUCCAAAGGCUCCAGUAACGCUCUUUGUAUGUUGUUGUUUUGGUUUAUGGUGUGUGUAUGUGCAUACUUAACACUGUAGCUGAGCUGAUUUGUUUAAGCUGUUCUGUGUAUAUAACGAGAGCAAUGUAAUCAAAUUCCUCAUAUGUGUGCACAUACUCUGCCAUUACAGCUGAUUCAGAUUCUUAGGUCUUGAUUGAAAUAAAGCAUGAGUGAUGACGUUAAAGCAGUGAGGACUGUCACUUCCUGAAUAAUCAACAAUAAAGUGGGAACAUCAUAGGUAUCAUUUACCCUGGGUCCCCACCACUUUCUGAAAUGGCUGGUUUUAUUCCCACCACUUUUUCAAAGCCUUUGCUAAACGUUUUCUGAAAAUUUGCUUGAAACAAGAAAUGUUAAAUAACGAAUAAAAAUUCUAUGAGAAAGGUUUAGUUGCACAAUAGGAAAACAUGAAAUGCAAUAUAAAUAUAGAAGAAACAGAUCUGCCUUGUCCAAAAAAAGUCACUUCUGAAUUGUCACUGGCCACAUGAAUUUUGUUUCCCUUCAUAUAAAUAAAGACAUUCCCACCAUAAAUUGGUGCAGAAAAUAUCUCUAGAAUGCAGGAAAUUAAGCCUUCAAUUCUCAAAAUCUUCUGGGGGAGGAGCCCCAGACCCCUCAAUCAAACAGCCUAUUUCAUCAAUGAAUAUUUCUUCUAAAUAGCAUUGGAGUAUCUUGUUGUCUUGGUGUUGUGACUCCAAUAUUGUGCAUUAUCACUUCUCGUGGACUAAGCGUUUCGUUACAUGCCUAAUAUGAGCUCUUAAAUGUCCCCACCACUUUUCAACACAAAGUGAGGCCCUUGGGGAACAUAAAAUGAGGCCUCUGUUUACAUUCUUGUACCUUUCCCUGAUCUAGGCAGGACCUUAACGACCCAAACUGGACUGGUCUAAGUUUUUGUCCUCUGAAGUGAAGUAAAAGGGAUGUUUGUGCCUUCAAAUGUAUAAUUUGUUCUUCAUCUACUUGCCUGCAAAACUGUAACUAACUCAAUAUAAUAAUCCAGUGUGUGCUGUCAUGUGUAUUAUACUGACGAAUAAAAUAAUUUCUUCCUCCUGAA